UUUAUCAUUAUUGUUGAAAUUUAUCUAUUUUUAUGCGCAUACUAACUAAUAACAAAUAACUGGUUCAUGAUUACGUUAUGAAAUCUUUUUCAAAGCAAUCAAUUCAAGUAAAGCAUUCAAAAGUUUUAAUAUAACUUGUUAAUUUAUGCUUGGAAGUACAUCGUUACGUUAUAUUCCAUUGCAAUUUUCUUAAUAUCGUAUAUCUUAUUUGAUGUCACAGACAGAGCACCAACAGUUUAUACACGCGCGCGUGCUAUUACGCGUCAGUUUGACGAGCCAAAUACUUAGCGCCAAACGAAACGUGGAUAGAAAUCAGGUAGGCACAGUGAAGAGGCGUAAACCAUGGUUGCUCACGGUGCGCUGCUGUCGCCAAUGGCCCAUGUGAAUGUGACUCCGCCUCUUAAGCGUGGCUAGCCUCCUCCCCCAAUCUGCCGGCUUUACUGUAUCGUUCAGUUGUGUUUAGUCGAGCGUGCGCACGGACGUUUAUGCGCGUACGUAUAAGUGAAUGUGCGCUAAGCACACAAGGGCGUUUUAGGAUCGAAUGCAUUUUGCGUGAUCAUCCAUAGCCAAUCGGUUACUCAACCACUUGUGGCCUUUUCAAACUACGUUCCACUCUUUUCUUCCACAUCGCUCUUUUUUUCAUAGAUUUCUUUUUCUAGUAUUUCACAUACACACACAUAUACAGAUAUAUCGCAGCGAGUGCAUAAUGCAUAUUGGAAACGAAGCUUAGUUUGUUUUUGAAUGUUCUUCAAAUUUAACCGAUUCAUUUAAAUGCAUAUAUAAACCACUUUACUACAAGUAUGCAUAUGUGUAUGUGUAGAACGUUAUAUGCUAAGACGGCUGAGAUGGUGUGUACUCUAAGAGGCGUAGAGGGAUUUUCUUAUUUCUGCUCUGGUAAAUCUGUCGCUCCAGUCAGUGAGGCAGCGAAGGGCAAGCCGCGCGCCGUUGACCGUGUCUCUGCUUCUUUUUUCGUCUACUCAGCUGCCAAUGCUACGAUUCGUGGUGUACACAAGCAAGACGACGGAACGCUACAACUUCGGAGCUUUGUGUAACCGACGGCUACUGGAUUAUACGUUUUUAUAAUGGAUCCGAUUAUACUAGAAAACAGCAGUAAUGAAAUUGGAGCACAACCGCCACAAUCACACCAACAGCAGCAACAUCCACAGCAGCAUCAACAACAAUAUGGAGAAGUAAAUCAGUUAGGCGGUGUAUUCGUCAAUGGAAGACCACUUCCCAAUGCUGUCAGAUUAAGAAUAGUCGAACUUGCACAAUUGGGUAUUAGACCAUGCGAUAUCUCCCGGCAGCUACGUGUCAGUCACGGAUGUGUCAGUAAAAUACUGGCGCGCUAUCAUGAAACGGGUAGUAUUCUGCCAGGCGCAAUUGGUGGCAGCAAACCUCGUGUAACCACACCAAAAGUCGUGCAAUACAUUAAGCAAUUAAAGUUAAAAGAUCCCGGAAUCUUUGCUUGGGAGAUUAGGGAUCGAUUGUUAUCUGAUGGCGUUUGUGACAAAUAUAACGUUCCAUCAGUGUCCAGUAUAUCAAGGAUAUUGAGAAAUAAAGUUGGCACAACGACAACUAUGCAUCAUCAUUCACAUCAUUCAGCUCAUCAUCAUCAUCAUCAUCAUCAUCAUCUUUAUGCAGCCGCCGCAGCGGCUGGUGCAGCCCUUUGUCCAAUGCCGUAUCCAACGACACCUUAUCAUCCAACAGCGCCGCCUUCCAUCACACAUCAUCAUCAAGUUGGACCAUCGUCAGCGAGUAAACUGUCAUCAUCGUCACCCUCAGCAGUACAUGAUAAUGGUGGACAUCAAUCAGCGACCAACAACGCUUUGCAGUGGCCGAGUUCUCAUACUGUACAUGAUAUUCUGGCUAAUAGUUGUAAUGUACAGAACUCUUCGUCAUCUUCUUCACCAACUUCGUCACUCUGUUCCACGAUGAACAAUAAUCAUCAUCACAAUCGUCACGAGGAUAGUUCUAUUAACAAUAAUAAUAACAACGGCAAUAAUGAGAAUAACAAUGAUCAUAGAAUAUCGAGCGGUUAUCUUCAUCACCAUCAUCCACAUCUUGCACAUCAUCAACAGUAUUAUGCUUCAGCACUCUAUCAUCAUCACCAUCAUCAUCAUCAUCAUACAAAUGCUGUAACGGCAGCUACCAUAUCCUCUACGCUCUCUGUACAAUCCAUUAUGUUGCAAUCAGGUACCACAAGCCAACCAGCCAGCCCUUGUAAUUAGGUGAAAUAAUAACACUAUUUUAUAUAAUAUAUCAGGAAUAAUAGGUAAUCCAAUAAUCAAUGUUUUCGUUUUCUAUACACAAAUAAAUUUUUAAAUGUAUUUUUACGCAUUAUUCAAUAAUAUUAGUAUGAAGCUUAAAACAUAGUUUAAGUAAACACGAUACAUGAUACUUCAUUGUCAUCACUAUUUCACAAUAAUAAAAAAUUAUAGUUAACUGAAUUUGUUUCUUGUCAUGGAUGUUACAAUUAAACUGCUAAUAUUAUAGUUGAAGUAUUAACUUUUGCAUACAUUUUUUUAAUGAAAUAAUUAAUUAGUAAAAGUAUCACAGAACAAACAAUAUAUAUAUUUAAUAGAUAUCCAAUAGAUAUGUGUAUUUACAUAUCCAUAGAUAUCCGUAUCUAUGGAUAACUAGUAGAAUGUAUAAAAUGCCUAUAUCUCCUGUCUAUAAUUAGCAGCAAUAUUAAAUGGUUAUACAUAUAUUAUCUAUUGUAUUCAUGUCCACCAAAUAGCUACCAAGGCUAGGCAUUAAAUAUUCAAGCUAGUAUCUUGUUGCCACAACGCACGCGGCAAUUACGUGUUAGACGUUCUCACAAUUAAAAAUCAUCCUGCAAUAAUAUAAGAGGCAAGCCGACGAAUCAAUCCAACAUUAUCUCCGCUGGCAAAACGAAUAGGACCUGAAUAUACAGGGUGUCUCAUCUUAAAUGAUCCACGCAAAAAUCUCCAAAAAUAUGAAAAAUAUG